AUGGACAUGGAUGCAUUCGUGGCCUUCAGUGUUGCCUUGAACCAGAACAAGCAGCUGAUUGGUGAGAACGGCCUCCUGCCCUGUAAGAGCUACCUAAACAGUGUCAAGCGCUACGUGGGGGGGAAGAUCGGCAUGGCUGCCUUGGCCUACACGCCUUCCAUCCUCUGGUUCUUGGACUGGAGCCACAUGGAUGCCAACCUGGAUGCCAUCGCUCUGGUGGGAAUGGCAUUGUCAGCGUUUGUCUUGGUGACUGGGAUGGCUAAUAUGUGGAUCAUGGUCACACUGUGGGUCCUUUACCACUCGCUGGUCAACGUGGGGCAGCUGUGCAUCACUAAGGAGCGGACCGAGGUCAUCUUCCAGGGAACUCUGAGCCCAGAUCCUAAAGCCCCCGAGGCGCUGUGGGAGGAGUACCAGUUCAAGUGUAAACCAGGAGAUGUUUCCACACGGCCCUGCUUGAUCUCACCGUACCACUACAGGCUGGACUGGCUCAUGUGGUUCGCUGCCUUCCAGACCUAUGAGCAGAGUGAGUGGGUUAUCCACAUCGCAGGACGUCUUUUGGCCAACGACACCACCGUCCUUUCAUUGCUCAACCACAACCCCUUCCAUGGCAGAGACCCCCCAAGGUGGGUCCGAGGAGAACAUUUCAGGUACAAAUUCAGCCAGCCGGGCAGUGCCAGCGCAGCACAGGGCAAGUGGUGGCUGAGAAAACGCAUCGGAGCUUACUUUCCUCCCGUGGACCUGAAUGGACUCAGGGGCUACUUUCAAUCCAGGAACUGGCCCCACCCACAUAUCAAGUCAUGAAGUCCAAUGUGACUCUGUUACAGUGAGCUGAGGUCUUCAUGAUGAACUGACAGUAUUCAUCCAUCCAUCGGUCGGUCCAUCAAUCCUGGCUGUCAUCAUGUACUACAAGUCUUUGCUGUUAAAUCUCCUGAAUACGUUUCCAGAAGUAAACCUGUUGAAAUAAAGAUGAUC